UCACCGGCUCGCUGUGUCACAGAGAGUCCCCUUAAGCCCGCGUGACAGCUCUCAUACUGUCCCUUUGUGACCAGCUUUAUCCACAGAAUGCCUGCUCUAUGUUUGCUAUGUCUGGCUGCCGCACUAGCGGCGUUCACGCGGCUCGCCGGUUCCGUGGGUCCGGUGAUUCGGUGUGAGCCGUGCGACGCUGCAGCGCUCCUGCAAUGCAAGCCCCUGCCUAAAGACUGUGUGGAGCGGGUGAGGGAACCGGGCUGCGGCUGCUGCAUGACGUGCGCCCUGGGCGAGGGACAGGCAUGUGGAGUGUACACGGCACGCUGCGGCUCCGGCUUGAGCUGCCAGCAUCAACCCGGGGAAAGCAAACCACUUCAGGCUUUAUUGGAGGGACGAGGGCUGUGCUCCCCGGCCGCUUCUAAAAAACUCAACAGUAUUCUCGUCCCGGCGCCAAAGCAAGAGAGCAUUGGAAAUCAAAUUGAAGACUCAGCCAAUGCCACUGCCUCCAUGACUGUGCUGCCUGGUUUAGUAAAGGGUGGCCACAGUCGGGUACCAGCAGAUACCAGGCCUUCAGUGCACAAGCUGUUCGAGAAAGAUCUCAACAAGAAGACCCAAAGCUACAAGGUGGAGUCUGUGUCCGGAGGAGCCAAUAUGGACAUGCACAACUUCUCCCUGGAAAACAAGAGGGAGACCGAGUAUGGGCCUUGUCGGCGAGAGAUGGAAAGUAUCCUGAACAGCCUUAAAAUCAGCAGCGUUCUCAUCCCAGGAGGCUUCCGCAUCCCCAACUGUGACAGAAAAGGCUUCUACAAGAAAAAACAGUGCCGUCCAUCUAAAGGGCGGAGGAGGGGCUACUGCUGGUGUGUGGACAAAUAUGGACAGCCACUUCCUGGUUUUGACCGAAGAGAGCGAGGAGAGACGCAGUGCUACAACCUGGAGAGUAAAUGAGAGCGUUACAUGAGGACGGAGAGGAUCAGAGGAUCUCAGAGGAGGCUAGGACAGUGGAAGAACCAAGAGCCUUCUUUGCUCUUGCACUUAGAUUUCUGUCAAACAUUUGAAGGAGCUCUGGACCUUUCAGGUCCCAUUUCUGUUGGCAAGGGAGGGAAGGGGAGAGGGCUGGCCAUGCCACCAGUCUGUCACAGCUAUCUGCCCUGUGCUUAGGGAGCGCUAUCUUUUAAUAAACACAUUUAAAUCGAAUAAGCUGAAGCCGAGAGAAGCAGGAGACUCCUAUUAUCAUCUGCACUAUUCUUUUAGGAGGAAAGAGGGACUUUUCCCACUCACUAAGAGGACAUUUUUGAGACUGUAACCCAAAAAUCCACACCUCACUGUGUCUGCAUGUCUGUACAACUGUGUGUGUGUUUGUGUAAAUACUAAUUGUCCUUAAGCUCAGUUCAGACUUGUUAGACUGCCCUUCCAUAGUUUACAAUGCAGAAAAACCUUUGUGGCUCAGGGUCGGUUCUGAAGUGAAGGAUUAUGGGAGCAGAGCUUUGACUUCAGUGUGUUCCCGUAGAGGAUGUGGGAGUCUCUACAGGAGGAAGUUAGCCUGCUGUUACUGUUACAGUGCCUUACAAUGUACUUUUCUACUCAACCCUUUGUAUAGGACAGAUUAAAGGAAUACUCAAGUUAGCUUCAGUCUGAUGACAUUCUGUGCAUGCGUGAAAACAGCGACUCUGAUUGUAAAGCGCAACAGAAACUUGAAUUCCAAGUGUUAACGUAGCACAUAGCAUAAUGUACCUGUGAUGGCAGCUCUAUAGUGAAAAGACUCUUUGACUAUCACAAACCAAUGCACUUAUAGAACCCUAAAGACAUACAACAAAGUGAUGUUUUGUCCAGUGGGUUAGACACAACUCACCAUGUUACAAACAUAAAUGAGGUCAUGAUCAGUGUUGAGCAGUUCACGAGUCACUAGUGAGAGCUGGAUUUGAGUGCAUUACCAAUCUUCUGGCAGCUGAGGGCUGACAUGUGGGCAGCAGAGAGACUGUUUGUGCGACAGAGCUUUCUGUUGACUUUUUAGUGUUUUUGUGGGUCCCCAUGGGAAGACUUUAUAACUCAUGUGAAUCCAAGUUUUCCACAGCAAAUGAGCAAGAGUGCAUUAAGUCAUUAAGUGUUCAAAGUCUGCUCCACUCAAAAACAACUUGUUUUCUCACUGCUUUCACUGCACAGAAUGAAGUCUAUCCAAGGCAUGACACUGUCAAGACACUUUCAUAGUUGUCAAAUGACUGAUUAAAAGGGGACAUUUCUCUAAUUUUGCCUUAAAUCAUUUUAAAGUGGAUCAGCACCAGGAAUACUCAACUCAUUUCGAAGAAGUUAUGGUCUUAUGUGCAGUUUUUAAUAGUGCAUUAUGACAACACCAUAAAUAAUAAAGUAUAUUUUAUGGUAAAUUCAUGACAAACUGAUGUGAUUUACAGAUUUCAUUUGGAUGGAUAAAUCUUAUUGACGAACCCCUUUUCUACAGCAGUAGAUUUACUGUGUCCCUUGGGUGGAGUAUUCCUGUAAUAUGUCUCAGUCCAUCCCACAUCUUGUUUCUGUUCAGCCUGUCUCUCGUCCACUGUCCCCUUGUGCAGCUCUCGUGUGGGGGUCCUUCUGACGCUCAAAUCCAGUCUGUGCUGGAUCUCAGUGCCUACUUCUCUUCUGUACCCUCUGUCCUUUUUGUCUCCCCCCCCAUCCAUGUUGUACUCUUGCCCUCUAUACCUCUCACCUUUGGCCCUGUCUCACCUCUUUCAUCCCUGUCUUGACCUUUCCUCCUGACCCCCUCCCCUGUCCCUGCCCUCCGCUCCUCAGUGGUGCGUCCUGGUGUAUGCCUUUGUCUCUGCACAGGUGCCAGCUGCCCCCAAGCUUCCAGCUCAAGCACAAGCACUUAAAGCACUUUAGCUGCGUGGUCCUUGGUCAGUACAUGCAGUUAAAGACAACUGGACCUAUCCUUUCUCAGAGCUGACGAUGCUGUUAGAACAGAAGAUUGAAGGAAAAACAAAGCUACACCAGGACAGAUAGUGAACACCCCUCCUUUCAAUGCAACUCUUUUCAUUGUUGUUUUUAUGUCUUUGAAUGAUGCUUGUAUGCAUAGAUGCCAACAAGUCUCCACAAGGUGGACACUGCACCAAAUAUGCAUUGACACAAAUACAAGGGGUCAAAGGGAGGGGAGCUCCUCCCUGCCCAGUGCACUCCCAAUCCUGUGUAAAGACUUGAACAGGGGCGAGUGCUUGCCCAGUAGCUUGGUAGCAUACAUUUGGCUGUACGCUUCCAUUGUUAUUCACCAGUAACUCCAGCAAUUUGGUGCUAUAUUCCAUCUGCUCAAAGACUUGAUGUACAGGGAGGAUCAAAAACUCGUGUAAGCUAUUCCCUCCCUUACAGUUGUAAGAGUGUCUUUUUUUUUUAAAAUAUAUUAAUAUUAUUAUUUCUUGGCCAGCUAUGUGUCUGACUAGACAUUAUGUACAGUACUUAAAAUAAGAUAUUUAUCUAAGAAGAGUUAUAAGCUGAUUCAAACUUGGUUUUCUUAAAUGAACAGUUCAUCAGUUGCACAAUGUAUUGUGGGAUUAUAAUCACUAAUGAAUGUUUUAUUCUUAAAUCUUUUCUUCUUCAUGUUCUGAGCCUGUGUUGGGCAGACACAUGGCCUCUGCAGUGGCAUAGUACAAAGGCCUCAUUUGAGUCUCUCCAUGUUCUCCCAGACAUCCAGCCUCUGUCUCACACUUUAUUUCACUUUGGUACAAUGUUCUGCUGGUGAUAUUAUGAAUCUCUCUGUUCACGGGUAAAUCUGUUUUGUUCUUUUUUUUUUGUCUAUCCUAAAAAAACUGAUUUAAGCUUUUCACAAUAAACUAGAGAUCACAGCUAUUUUCUCUGAAAACUAAAUAACUAUGAUUC